UUAUGUCACACGCUUGCAAGCACACGCGUUGAAACUUCGAAAUAAAAAAUGAGUUAAAGAACACAAAACGUUGAUGGAUUUUUACAUUAAAAAUCAUUUUGACUGUUGUUCAUAUAAUAUGUUCUAUUAUUACUGAUUAUAUUUAUAUAUUUUUAAUCAAUAAAUUGAUUUUUUUUUUGUGAGCACAAAUAUGAAGUUUUACGGAAUAUUUCAAAAAGGGAGCAAGAUUAAUCAAAUAAUAUGUGCCGUUUUGAUAAACCUCCCGGUGCUGUCAUACGGAGCCAGUAUUGGCUGGAUGUCUCCUAUGACUCUUCUGCUGCAAUCAGAAGACUCACCAAAAGGCGUACCUCUCACAGAUGCUGAGAUAUCAUGGAUGGCUGCUAUACCCUUCCUGGUAUGUGUCCCAUUUGAUUUGAUUAUGGGUGUCAUGGGGGACAAAAUUGGGCGAAAGAUGUCUCUGAUCUUUAUCUCCUUAUCUAGUGCUGCUAGUUGGAUCCUAUUGAUUUCUUCCCUUAACAUUUGGUGUCUCAUAUUAGCGAGGGCGCUCGUCGGUAUAACCAUGGCUGGAUGUUACGUCACUUGCCCUAUAUACACUAAGGAGAUCAGUGAUGACAGCAUUAGAGGUGCCCUAGGAUGUUUGGUAAUAUUAUUUCACACAACGGGAAAUCUCUUCCUGUACGUUAUUGGUGAUCUGCUAAGCUAUAACGUUAUCCUCUGGGUUUGUCUGACGAUACCGACGGUACAUGUCAUAGUGUUCCUUUUUAUGCCGGAAUCUCCUUCUUACCUCGUUAAGAGAGGAAGGCUUGAGGAUGCAAGUAAGGCAGUGGCGUGGCUUCGUUGUAGUUCAGAGAGUGAUGUAAAGGUCCAGGAAGAAAUAGACGUUAUUAGGAAGGAGCAGACGAACGACGAAGCGAGCAAGUUCGCCCUCAAGGCUAUAUUCACUGAUAAGAUCCUCAGCAGAGCUUUCCAAAUAGCCAUGGUAGCGACAUUAGCUAGAGAAGUGUGUGGUGCUGUACCGGUUUUAAACUUCGCUGGUGAUAUCUUCAAAUUGGCCUCACAAGAUACUGGUCUGGUGUUAAGUCCGAACCAACAAGCUAUGCUGCUCGGUGUCGUUCAGGUUGUCGGUUCAGCUCUCGCUUCGAGUAUCAUCGAAAAAUCAGGCAGAAAGCUCCUUCUGCUGUUGUCGUCUCUGGUGUCUGGUCUAAGUAUGUGCGUACUCGGCUCUUGGUUCCUUAUGCGUGACCUUGGAAUCGGUGCCCCAUCUUGGGUGCCAUUGUUGACGUUGUGCGUUUGCAUCUUUUGCGAUUCCUCUGGUCUCCAACCUAUCUCUAUUGUGCUAGCAGGGGAGAUAUUCUCUUAUAAGUAUCGAGGAACUGUAAUGGCGACCACAAUGUCCUGCGCUUCAUUAUCGGACUUUCUCCAGCUGUUAUUCUUCAAGCCACUCGCAAACGCUGUAGGCAUACAUGUGGCCUUCUACUUCUUCGGAGUCGUCUGCUUGCUCAUGUCACUUUACGUGAUUUUAGUCAUCCCCGAAACUAAGGCUAGAAGCCUUGAAGAUAUUUACAAAGAUCUUCUCAAGAGUAAAAAACUUAAGAAGAGCGAAACGAAUGAUCUGACAAGAAUUUAAAAAAGGUUAACACCUCGUCAACAUCCGGUUGCUGGAAAACGUCCACUACUUUCGUUAGUGGGAUGUUAGGACCUCAUUCCACCACACUAUUCUUGUAUACAUUGGGAUAUAUAUUCGAUACAUGAAUUUUUUCUCACGAUAUUUUCUAAGCCGACCAAGAGUAUAAACGGAAAUACAAAUCGAUCACGUGGUAAGACAGUAUUGCUUGCCUGAAUUUAAUUUUACUAUCCAUGACGAGAUCGCUUAGAGAAUGAACGAUUUCUGAAAUGAUCUUUUUCUAAUAAGAUAAUAUAACUUUAGUAUUUUAUAUGUACAUAACAGAUAUGUACUUUCCAUGGAGACCAUUAAGAACAUGCGAUAUUUAUUUAAAUGUUUAAAAAAAAAUAAAUAAAAAUGUUCAGAAUGUUUUAUCUUGUAAAUUAUGUCAAAUUGUUAUUCUUAAGUUGCUUGUACCGUAACAGCCUGUGAAUGUCCCACUGCUGGGCUAAAGGCCUCCUCUCAUUUUUUUGAGGAGAAGGUUUGAAGCUUAUUCCACCACCGGAUUGGUUGAAUACACAUGUGGCAGAAUUUCAGAAAAAUUAGACACAUGCAGGUUUCCUCACGAUGUUUUCCUUUACCGUAAAGUACGAGAUGAAUUAUAAUCAUAAAUUAAGCACAUGAAAAUUCAGUGGUGCUUGCCCGGGUUUGAACCCAUGAUCAUCGGUUAAGAUUCACACGUUCUUACCACUGGGCCAUCUCGGUACUUACUACUCGGUUGCUUGUAAAUAAAGUAUAAUUAUUGUUACAUUUGCUUAA